GGUAGCAGCGGAAAUGCAACCGGUGGUGACUGGAAUCUGGCAGUUCUCGGCGAUGUGGGCAGAGUGAAGGGUGGAGGCGCAACCAUCUAUCCGCAAAGGCAGUUGGACUACAGGUGCAACUUGUACAAGCCGAUCUACCAAGCUCUCGUUGGUUCUGCUGGAAUCCCCCCUUAAGUUAGUCGAGGGCAGACGAGGCUGGGAGGACGCGAUGUUUGGAGUGCGGGGUAAUGGGGCUCCUGCCAAAUCUAUCGAGCUCACAACUGCCGGAAUUCCUGGAUGACGACAGCCACGCAAAGUACGAGAACUACGGCAUCAGAUCGCGGUACCAUACGGAUGGUCUAUAUAUAUCUACCCGAUGCGCUAGCAUCGUGACCUCACAUCAAUUGAUCGUACCUGCCUCAUGAUGCGCUUCUCCACACCUCUCACUACACUCGCAGCAUUCCCGUCAUACAUCAUGGCUCAAAACUCAAGUGAUCCUCAACCACCGACAAUGACCUUGCUAUAUCAUAUGGAAGUACAGCUCGGUGAUCGCUUCUCGAUGGGCCCUGUGCCAAAUGGCCAGGAGCGAAUCGUUAUUCCUAUCGUAGGCGGCACAUUCAAAGGGCCCAAGCUGCAAGGCAAAGUCCUCAACCUUGGAGCAGACUGGCGUCUCACCGAUAAAGACGGUAAAAUCCGGCCCGACGCUCGAUACAAUAUCCAAACCGACGAUGGGACCUGGAUCUACGUGCAGACGGAGGGGCCGACGCAGCCAGAUGGGCGAACGCUGUUGAGAGGAAGGUUCGAAACGAGCACGAAUGGGACGUACAAUUGGCUAAAUGACAUUGUAGCUGUGGGUGUGCUGACGAGGAGUGGGACCACGGCAGUCACGAUUGAUAUGUGGGAGGCAGGUGCGCCGUAGACGACGAGGUUGAGAGGUAUCUACCAACCACUUUCAUGCCAUUGAGCAUCACGAGAUGGGACCACGGUUUGAUCUUGAGUGCAGAAAUAUUUACCGCAUGGUCACUACGAGCACGCCAUCUUUCGAUAGCGCCAAAGUCGGUCAUGGUAGUAGGGGUCCUGGAGUUCUCGAUGAAUUGAUGAAUCACAAAGUACCUCCUGAUAUAGACUGACUCGUAAUCGC